AGAAAGUUUAUGGGAAACCUAGGGAAGAAGAACCCACAGAUAAGGUCACGACUGCUAAGAAAAAGUUUAGGUAUUAAAUUCCGAUCUUAACCAUGUCGGAGAUCGACGACACCCUUAGCAAAUUACAAGGAACCAUGGUGUCGGUGUCGUUUCAGACCAUGCUGCAGGCCAGCCCUAGGUUGCUCAAAGGGCUUAGGCAACUGUUGACUCGGUGGCGAGUAGAGAUAGACGAAAACCCCGAACCACCAGAAGAGGAAAGGGAGGAGGAAGCUCCGCAAGAAGUCGCUAACCUUCAAAGGAGUCACGGGGAUUUGGAAGAUCUCGAGAAGGCCUUCGUGGACAUCCGCCUGAGCUUGCCAGACCGAGGAGCUGGCGAGGUCAUGAGGGCAUCGCCCGGGACGAAGCUAAGCUUUCAUGCACUGCCCGUAGGAAAGCUAAAAAUCCAGCUCAGAACUUAUCAUACUGACGCAUUGGUAGACGGGGGAGUGGAAAUCACUCUCAUAAGGAGAGACUUCGCAAUGGUCACGGGCUGUACGAUGGACAAGGAAGUAACAGGGAGCAUCCGGGGAGCCGGUGGGGAAAUUUCGUUCGCUGGGUAUGUCACGAAAUGUGCAGUCAAGGCAGGUAUCAGGGAGUCGAUCUGGUCGUUUCAGCGAAAGACCGUAAGGGAGGAAAUGGACCGCGAUAUAAUUCUCGGGAGACCAUGGUGCGCCAACGUAGAGAUGAUAGGAAUGCACUUGCACGAUGGCACGUACAUGGUAGAUAUAGAGGAUCCCGCCUUGCAGAGUCUCCCUCUCGGUCAUCCCUCUUUUCAAUGGCCACCUCUUCGUUUUCCCGAUGACGUCGUUCCGCUGCCCCCGUCGACCUCUGCCACCUCGCAAGUGGCGCCAUCUCCAUGUGCACCACUUGCUCCCCUCCCCCCUCGUCCGCUUCGUCAAACGAUUCCCGCAUCCGUUGAUGGCAGACCAUCUGUGGCAACGCAGCCUGAUGCGCAAGGCACCGUGCCAGUUUCAGGUGUCGGGGAACCUGUGCCGUUCGACGAGCAAGGCACUCGUGCUUUCGUCGAGGGCGGUGGGUGGGGGAAGGACGCUGGCACAUCAUCAGGCCUCGCCCCGUUGUUCACUGGCAACAGGGACAAGGUCCCAAGAGUUCGACGCACAGACACACGUCCGGCCGUGGCAGGAGCACCCGCAACAGGACAUCAAUCCGCUGCAUAUCCAUGGUUGCCUCCCCCUCCUUCUCAAACACGACGGCCUACACCAGACUUGACUUCGACACCUGUUGGCGAGGCCGCUGCAACGGCCACUGAGGGUGCGGGAAACGUCCAGCUCGACGAGCCCGUCCAGAUCAUGCGAUUCAUUGUCGAGAGCGACAUGUCGUUCAACUGUGUGAAGCUUGAGAGCUUCAAAUGCAUGUUGACGUUGAUCAUCCCGCCUGGGGUUCCAGGAGUCCCCACCCCAAAACCCCCAACGUAUCACAUGAUCCGUACCACACUUUUGGAUGAGCUUGAUGUGGAAGUCCAAAAGUGUGUGAAACCUGUCCUCGCUACUGCAGCUACCUACGGUUGCACGAUAAUGACAGACGGUUGGACCAACAUUCGGGGCCAAACGUUGUGCAACUAUCUCGUCGGCACUACACAGGGCGCCACAUACGUCGCGAUAGAUGUUAUGCGAGGAAAGAAGGAUGUCACUGCUCUGGUGCAGGCUUGGCUGCGAAGGUUGAAGUCCCUUGACAUCAAGCUCGCYGACAUCACCGCUUUCGUCACAGACUCUGCCAGUUCGAACGUUUUUGCGAUGGAGGUGUUCCAGAAGGAUGAGAGUGUCAAGCACAUCUUCUGGAUUCCUUGUGUGGCACACGUCAUGGACCUCAUCCUUGAGGACAUCGGCAGCAUUGACUGGGUGGCGACCCGCAUUGCUCAGGCGCGUUUGGUCACAAAGUUUUUCAARYGUCAUAGCCACGCUCGCGAAGUUUUGCAAGCUUUCACGACGAAGGCUCUGCUGCUUCCCGCCGAGACUCGCUUCGGUACGCAUGUGGUCAUUGAAGAUCGAUGGAAGGACACUGUUUGGUCAACGAAGAAGAUUCGAGACGACGGCGCGGAGGUCACAGCAUGUGUCGGUUGUCCUCAAUGGUGGGAGGAUAUGAGAGCGCUGUGCAAGUUGUUGGAUCCCAUCAUGAACAUGCUGCAGAUGGUGGACAGCGACACGAGGCAGAUUGGCAAGAUUCUGCGUCGGUACGACGAGAUGAUCGCGCGUUGUUUGUCUGCAUGUGCCGCUUUGGAGAAGGACGAGCAGGACGUGCUGCUUGAAGUGUUUGACAGACGCCGCACCAUGUUCAARUCGCCUGCUCAUGUUGCUGCCAUGAUGUUGGACCCCGAGUUUCGAGACCGCACGAUGCCAGAUGACGAGGAGAUGCAGCACGGUUUGAAACUCGCUCUGAUUCAGUUUGGGUACCCGGAACAUUCGGAUCAGCACACCGAGGUCCUCACUGCCAUUGACAAGUUUCAUUCCAGGGAGCCGCCGUUCGACGCUGUGGCCAUGGACCGGGCGGCGAGGAGCUAUACCGAUCCAGCAUGUUUCUGGGAGUCGAAGGAGAAGASGUUCCCGCACACGGCCUUCUUCGCUGGCAGGAUACUGCGUGUGUGGGCGACUGCGUCGCCUUGCGGUCCUGUUGGAGUUUCAUCCACUCCAAAUCUCGUAACAGAUUGGAGGUGGCGCGGGCCGAGAAGCUCGUGCGAUGCCAUUGGAACCUUUGGCUCCUCGACAGGCAGGCUAUGUCGGACGAUGCUCCCAGAGCGAAAGGACGAGGACCAGGAAGGGAGGGAAUUUUUCUAUGCUCAGAUAUAUGAAGGGAUUUGUCGGGAGAUUGGGUUGUUGCUGGUAGGAAACAAACAACCCAUGGAAAUCAGCGUUAAAGCAAGGGAGGAGGCCGAGAGGUACGUCCUAAGGGGUGGUCAUCUGUUCAGGAGGGAGGAAGGUGCUAUGCCUAGAAAAGUUGUGUGCGGGAGAUCUAGGCAGUUUGGCGUUAUCCAGGCCAUGCACGACGGACUAGCAGGAGGACAUCGAUCGUCCAAAGGAGCAGCCCUGGACAUAGAGGCCAAACUUCAUAUCCAGGCCACCUCCUCUGAUAGGAGGAAAGGUGUCUUCCCUCGUGGUAGUAGAAAGGGAAAGACAGCUUUUGCACACGCAGGGUCUGCAUCAGCUUUCGAUUCAGACUCCCUUGCAAAGAUAACACCGCUCCAUUAUUGGCCAGGCAUGGCAGGUAUGGUCGCCACGUACUGCCAGACCUGCCUAAUCUGCCAGGAACGGAGCUCGGCACGCGUCUUCGAGCCACUUAGACCAACUCGGGUGCUAGGGUUGGGACAUCUGGUUCCCCUUGACCUUGCGAUCGUGCCUGUAUCAACCGAUGGGUACAGGUAUAUCCUGGAUGCGCGAGACAACUUGAGUGGGUUCGUGGAGGUGGUCGCUCUCAAGAAAAAGACAGGGAGAAGUGUAGCGGAUUGGAUAAAAGAUUUCUACUUGAGGCAUGCCUUCAUCAGGAGGUUUAUAGCGGACAAUGGGACAAAAUUUGUAAAUCAAGAAGUGUUGGGAAUGCUUAAGAGGCUCAGCAUACCAAUCAAACUCAUCGAGCCAUAUCACCCGGAGGCCAAUGCACCUGUGGAAAGAGGGCACCGGACCUUAAAGAACACGAUUGCGAAGCUCGCGGCGGACAACCUGGGAAGCUGGCCUAGGUAUCUUAAGCAGGCUGUCUUCUCAGAGAACAUGACACCUUAGAGGACAACGAGAUGUAUCCCAACGGAACUUUGGUACGGAAGAGAGAUGAAUUUUUCCGUGGAAGCCUUAAUACCAACCUGGAACAGGGUAGAUGACGAUCUGCAUAUAACCACAUAACAGUUGAUUGAGGCGAGAUGCCAACAAGUUCUUAGGAACGAGGAGUUCAUGGAAGACAUUGCCAACCGGGUACUAGACAACAGAAUGAGGAACAAAGCAAGGUGAGACCA